AUGUCCAACAACUCUGCCUUCACCUUUUCUCCUCCAGGGCCCCAGCACCCUAUAUUUUCUUCAGCCUCGACACCGAACAUCGGAACAAGCGCUUCCAUCGACCCGCGCAUCCCUACCGUCGGGUCCCGCGCUCGCGAUCUCCACUACUCCAUCCGCGACUUUCUCUCUACCCAUCCACUCCUCGAGCUCGGUGGCCAAGAACACUUUUCUGUUGAGCGUCGACGCCAUCAAGACGUGUUUGGUCUCCAUGCCCUACCCAAGGACAAAAUCCAUCCGAUCGAUGACGUCGAGUUUACUGCCAUCCGAGGGCCCCAUGGGACGAUUCCUGUUCGUAUUCUGUAUCCAACUUCAGGAAAGGACAACCGCAACAAAGGAAAAGCAGGGGCCUUGAUAUACUUCCAUGGGGGCGGGUAUACCGUUGGAUCAGUAGACGAGUUUGAAAAUGGACUUCGCUUGAUCGCCGAGGAGUCAGGCUGUCAGGUCUACGCGGUGGAGUACAGACUGGCGCCCGAGUUCAAGUACCCGGUGCAAUUGGAUGAGUAUUCGGCCGUGAUCGACUGGGUGCAGGGCGAGGGAGGGAAGACAAGAGGGGUCCAUCCUGAAAAAGUAGUGGGUGGAGGGGAUUCGGCGGGCGGAAACAUGACAGCAGCCAUCUGUUUGAGGAGGAUGGAUGAAGGACGAAAGCCACUGGCUGGGCAGAUCUUGCUGUAUCCCGAGGCAAGACUGCCGUUUGAUACGCCGGCCGCGACAGAGAACAAUUCCGACAUCUCCCCCCAAGACCGUUACGUCUCGCCCGGUAUGCAAUCCGUCGAGGACCUCCGUCAUCAACCACCCGCCGCCGUGUUCACCUCUGGCUACGACCCCCUGCGAGACGUCGGCUGCGAAUACGCAAGCAAGCUGUCACAAGCUGGAGUACCGACUCGCUGGCGUCACUACGACAACCUCACCCACGGCUGGCUUCAGCUGACGGCGUGGUCGGAAGUGGCAGAGCAGGCUGUCAAGGAUGUUGCGCACCAAGUCAAGAGGCUGGUUUUUGCGGCGACUGAUACACAUACGCUCAAAAGUCCUCAGGGCCAAUUACCAGUUGACAGGCUCAAUGUGCGUGACUUGACGUCGGCCAAUUCGCAGCGCGGGCAGACUGGUGAUCGGCCAACCACUAGAGCCGCUCGCACCACUCGCGUUACCACCCCCUUCAAAAUUAACACAUUCAGCAAGCCGCGAAAUCGUUUGUUGGAUUAG